CGAAAUGGUGGCCUUAUCGCCCUCGCCGCGGUGACUAUAGCAUUAGGUCCCGAUAUUGCAUUGCACCUUGACAUCAUCAUACCUCCUAUCCUCUCAUGUUUUAAUAAUCAAGACUCAAAAGUGAGAUAUUAUGCUUGUGAAAGUAUGUAUAACAUCGCCAAAGUUGCUAAAGGAGAGGCACUACGGUUUUUCAACGGUAUUUUCGAUGCCUUGUCAACAUUGUCUGAAGAUACCGAAAUGUCUGUUAAGAGUGGAGCUGAAUUGCUUGAUCGUCUUAUCAAAGACAUAGUAUUGGAACUAGCAACAACUUAUAUAUCACCAUUUGAUCCUCCUGGUCAGACGACUACAUUCUCGCUACCAAACUUUAUUCCUCUUCUUUCGUCAAAGAUAUCGACCAAACACUCCUUUACCCGGAAUCAUCUUGUACUGUGGAUCAGUAAUCUUGAAUCGAUUCCAGAAUUAGGAUUGAUUUCCUAUCUACACGAAUUUCUGGAUGGAUUACUUGAUUUUAUGAGUGAUCCAAGUGAAGAUGUACGAGUAGCGACUGAACAGCUACUCGACAAUUUUUUGAUGGAUAUCAUGGACGAUUGUUUCGCUCGGCAAGUUGCUGAUGAUCACGGUUCUGCCUCAGAUGAAGAGCCAGAAGGAAAAUAUAAUAGUGAUGACGGUGAAGGUGAUGGUGAAGGAGAAGAAGACGAAGACGAUGACGAGGAUGCUGAAAGAACACUCAAAGGAAAAUCCGUUGAAAAGGUUUCUCCACCUCAGGCAAACAUUCAAUAUGGACGAAUCAUCAAGAUUCUCGUUCCUCAUUUAUCUUCACCAAAUGAAGAGAUUCAGAAAGUUGCUCUAAAAUGGAUGAAUGAAUUGCUCAACAAUGAAAAGGAUAUCAUCAUCCAAUUCACACCUCAGAUCAUAUAUGCCGUUUUACCGUCACUUUCUCACCCUGUCAAGGAAGUCAAAGUGGCGGCAACCAGAACUAACCAUAGUCUACAGAGACUUGUUCUUGAAACACCCGUAAUGGAAAGUCUUGAGGUCGAGGAUCCUUUUGAUUAUCAAAUGACUGUAACAAACUUACGACUGCAAUUUCUAAAUGAACACGAAGAAACCAGAAUAGCCAGUUUAGAUUGGCUAUUAAUGCUUCACAAAAAAGCACCUUAUAAAAUCCUGGCUUCAGAUGAUGGAACAUUUCCUGUGUUACUCAAAACGCUCUCAGACUCGUCUGAAGAGGUGAUUCGGCGUGAUCUCCAGCUGCUGGCUCAGAUAUCUUCCUACUCGGACAACGAUUACUUUCGUAGCUUUAUGAUGAAUCUUGUUUCGCUAUUCAGUACAGAUCGUCGGCUAUUAGAGAAUAGAGGCAGCUUGAUUAUUCGUCAACUUUGUACUAGCCUCGAUCCAGAGAGAAUUUACAUCACCUUGGCUGAUGUGCUAGAAAAAGAUGAGGAUUUGGAGUUUGCUAGUAUCAUGGUUCAGAAUCUCAACGUGAUUCUCAUAACCUCUGCUGAACUUACUGAUCUUCGCAAACGCCUUCGAAAUUUAGAUACGAAAGAUGGUCAACAACUAUUCACUUCUUUAUAUAAGUCCUGGUGCCAUAGUGCCGUGGCUACUCUUUCAUUGUGUCUCUUGGCCCAGGCCUAUGAACAUGCGGCAAAUAUGCUUCAAGUCUUUGCUGAACUCGAAAUUACUGUCAAUACACUUAUCCAAAUCGAUAAGUUGGUACAAUUAAUUGAAUCACCUGUAUUCACUUAUCUGCGCCUCCAAUUACUAGAGCCAGAAAAAUAUCCUCACCUGUUAAAGUGUCUUUAUGGUUUGCUCAUGCUUUUACCUCAGUCAUCCGCAUAUUCCACUCUGAGAAGUCGUCUUAGUUGUGUGUCUUCUCUUGGAUUCCUUCAUGUCAUGCCCAAAAGUCCAAUGGAAGUACCAAAGAAACAGCCAACAAAGAGUAUUAGUAAUGGACAUCCAAAAAUAAUAGAUGAUUUUAUAAAAUUCAAUGAGUUGCUUCAGCACUUUAGAAAUGUUCAGUUCAAGCAUGAGCGAUCACGAAAACAAGGUAAAAAACUUGUGUGGUCUGUUAUCUCCUAA